UUUUCCUUUUUUUUUAAAUUAAUUUUAUUAUUUUAUGGGGGCUCUAUAGUGAAUAUUUCCUAGGUGAGGAAUGAGCUGAGAGCUUAUCUGCAAGCCAGGGAGAAUAAAUGCAGUCGGGUUAUGCUUGGGGAUGCAGAUGUCAGCCACAAUCCUCCCCUGUGUGUGCUCGCUGGAUGGGAAACCAAGCAGGUUACAAGUGGACAGAAGCUGGUGAUGAAAAGGAGGGUACAGAAAGGAUGUUUUAACCCUGUUUUCACAACCUGGCGUCAACCAGUGAUGUUUUGAAGAUGUGCUGCUCCCUUCUGUUUGCAGGCAAAAGGCUGAGAUGUCUGUAUGGUUCCUGCCCUCCCGUUGCCUCUCAGUGGGACUGGGUGACCGGUUUUAAUGCCUGUUCACCUCGUCAGGGCAUGGGGAGAUGGUUUGGAGGCAGAGGGGAAAGGCAGGUGCCCUCGGUGGUGCGACUGCUUGGCCUGAGGUCUCUCUGGGUGCUGCCACCACCUGCAGAACAUGUGCUGGUGGCCGCCAGCUUCGCCUCCGUGUUGCUCGCUGGAUCCUGCUCCCUGGUUCUGCCUUGCAAUGGGGAGAUUCUUGGGUACAUUUGUAUUGUUAAACUUGUCACAGCUGUGCAAGAAAGCCAGGAAUAGUCUAAAAAGACCAAAGCAGAAUGGGCACUGUUUAUAGCUGCAUUCUGGUGUGGGAAGGCAGCCUACGGUGAUCUUUAACUUUGUCAUUUUUGUUUGAAACUGGCGUGUUAAGUCCAGCCCUCCCUUCUAGAAACCAGUGUGUGAAUGAGAAACUUGCUUGUAGUUCAUGGGGGGGAUCAGGGAUAAUGAGUCCCUCCCUCACAGGCUUUGUGUCCACCUUUUGUUCCUUCAGUUCAGCAGAAACUGCUGUCAAAUGCUGCUCUUGCUUCCCACUCUUUGCAUUUCACCUUUGAGUUUUGUCUUUGUCUCGCUCCUUCCCAGCCAUUCACCGAGCAGUUCUAGGGAAACAAAGCAUUAAAAAUGAGCCAAACAACAGAGGGGAAAAAAACGCCAAACCCUCUUCCACCAACCCCUUUGAGCUGCCAGCUGUCUAGGAAAAGCUGUACGAGGGCUGUGUCCGUGCAGCGGAUCCCUCGUGGAGUGAAUGUUUUUCCAUCUGCAGUCCCAGGCCAGGUGACAAACAAGUGACACGAUCCUGCUCGGGAAGCAGCAGGGACGCGUCGUCUCGUUCCCCACGCGCUGAGGAGAGCAGGAGCCUGUGACUCGAGGCGCAGGUGGAGCAUCCCCAGGGUCGCCUUGUUGAUGAGGUUGCCUGUUCGUUUGUAGAUCAAACUGCUUAUCUGUGCUUUUAAAGGCUCAGCCCCUCGUGGCCUCUGCUUGCAUCUCCACUUCGCUUUCUUCUCUUUUGCUGUUCCUACUGCUGAUGUGCUUUUGUGCCGUCCCAUCUUCCUCCCUGAUCAAAUGCUGGGGACGCCUUUCUUUGGCAAAUGACCUCCUGGAAUCCUUUCUGCUGAACGUGUAUCCUCUCCAUGACUUACUGGUAUUGCUUUGCUGUGGAAAAAAAGAAAAAUAAAGAAAAAAAAAGAAGGUAUGGAGGUAUGGUCUGCUCUGCUUUGAAAGAGGCAGCUUAAUGCUUUCCAGAGUAGUGUGUGUCGAUACCAAACUGUCUGCUGGAAUGAGAGCUGCAUCCUUUGGGGGCUGAGCCCCCUCUGAGACUUGCUGAGCUUGCUCUGCUCUUACGGAAAAGCUGCGUGGAGCUGUCUGGGGUUUUGCUGGAGGCAUCUGACAAGCAGCGAUAGCUGAGCUGUUGCUCAGGACUCUGGCGUAGGCGCCGUGUCUGGCGCAAGGUUGUGUGACUGAUAGGCUGUGACCUGCCUUCUGCGGGAGGGAGCGCUCCUCCCGCGGGGGUCCGGGCAGCGGCGGCUGGGGCUGCAGCCUGCAGCGGUUUUGCCAAGCUGCAACUUCGCUCAGAGGAGCAGCGCUGCAAGGAGGAGGUUAAUUUUGGCCGUGCGAGGAGCAGACGUGCCCUUCAAACCGUUCGCUGCACUGUGGGAGAUUGGCCGGUCUCGUGGCUUGCUCUGGUUCCAGGAGGGAAGUGGGGGAAGCAGCAAAUGCUGCGAUUUUAGCAAUUCCCCCCUCUGACAGGGCCUGAGGAGCCCGCAGGGACAGGCUUGGUCCUCGCAGGCAGCUCUAGCUGCUGUGAUGCUUUCUCAGCACCUCCACUGCCCGCCCCUGCUCCUCAGAGCUACUGACAGGUCUCUGCUCCGUUGGAGGCUCCGUGCUUUGCCUUUGGGACCGGUGGCGGACUCAGGGUCAAGGGGAUGCAAAAUCAGCACAACGAGAAGAGCAAGGAGAGCGGGGAGCUGGCGGGGGGAGGCUGCCCUUGCUUUGAUCACUGGAAAGCCCAUUGAAAAGCUGGUGGCUCUUCUUAAUACCCUUGACAGAUGGAUCGAUGAAACCCCACCGGUGGAUCAACCUUCUCGCUUUGGGAACAAAGCCUUCAGGACCUGGUACGCCAAACUAGACCAGGAAGCAGAAAAGUUGGUGGCAACAGUGAUCCCCAAGCAUUUGGCUGACGCUGCGCCAGAAGUGGCCGUGUACCUGAAGGAAUCCGUGGGGAACUCCACCCGCAUUGACUAUGGCACAGGGCAUGAAGCUGCAUUUGCAGCUUUUCUCUGCUGCCUCUGCAAAAUCGGUGUGCUCAGAGUGGAUGACCAGAUGGCCAUCGUCUUUAAAGUAUUUAACAGGUACCUCGAAGUAAUGCGAAAACUUCAGAAGACCUACAGGAUGGAACCUGCUGGCAGCCAGGGCGUGUGGGGCCUGGAUGACUUCCAAUUUCUGCCUUUCAUAUGGGGCAGUUCCCAGCUGAUAGACCAUCCAAAUCUGGAGCCUCGACACUUUGUUGAUGAGAAGGUGGUAAAUGAAAACCAUAAAGACUUCAUGUUCCUGGAGUGCAUCCUCUUCAUUACAGAGAUGAAGACGGGUCCCUUUGCCGAGCACUCCAACCAGCUCUGGAACAUCAGCGCUGUCCCCUCCUGGUCCAAGGUCAACCAAGGCCUCAUCCGCAUGUACAAGGCCGAGUGCCUGGAGAAGUUUCCCGUGAUCCAGCACUUUAAGUUCGGCAGCCUGCUCCCCAUCCAGCCUGUGACGUCCUAAGGAGGCCGCGGGAGGAGUCGAGGCAGCGGAAGACGUAGCGCGACGCUCUUCCUCCUCCCCUCACCCCCUCCUCAUCACCUCGCCCGUCACACGCAGCCCAUUCAUUCCUGCACAUCCUCAUCGGCAACCACAGAUCCAAAGCAACUCGCUGGCCUCGCACGGGAGACGGGACCCGGAGCAGCUCCUCCUGCACGUCCCCAGCACGGGGAUGUCACACCAGCGGCCGCGCCGGGGCUGCGCUUCUCCGCUCCGCACGUCCACGGGCAGCGUGACGGCCGUGAACGGCUCUGGGAACGGGGUUUGAGUUGGGGCUGCCUCGCUUCCCUUCCUGGGAGGAAGGGGGUGUGGAAGGGAGGAAGGCACGUGUGUUGGGCAGUGGUAACUGCAAUUUCCCUUUUCAAUUUCAUUGAAGUUUCCUGUUGCUGUUUGGUUUGGGAAACCACUGCGAGGGGUGAGCCUGCGUGUGGCUGUGGGCAGCCACCUCUGCUUGCACGGGGGGUCUGAAACGGGUGAAGGGAGUUGUAGGGAAGGUCUGUGGGUUGCUGAAAGCCCAGGGUGCCAUCUGUCCCUUACUCUGGGUAAGGAAAGCCCAUCCUUGCUCCAUCUCUUCUGCGAGGUUCCUGGGUCUUCCUUUCCCCAUCCUGCCUCUUCCCUUGGGUGGAGCUGGGAACUCGCUGGGCUGUGGGGGUCUGAGCUGGCUCUGGAGCCGGAGACAAAGUCCCCGGAGGGACCCGGCUCUGUGGGAACAGCUAUGCAAGGACACUGCUCGAGCGGCACAUCCUCAGGCUCCCUCUUCUUGGGCACAAAACCUCACAUGUUCGCACACAUUCAUCACUGGGUCCAACCUGCCCUCUUCACUCCUGUUUUCUCCUCCAUGCUUUGCUGUCCCAGGGCUGGGCUGGCCUUGGUGGCACAAGGUGACCGUGGUUGCUGCUGCUUGGUCAUAAAUUGUAGCGACAGCCCCAUAGCAAAGGGAUUUCCCCACAAAGCAGCAUCUUCCCCAGUGCUUUUAGGGAGGCAUCCCCUGAGCAAAGGCAGCAUGUGGGGCGAGCAUGCAGCUUUACACGCGCUUAUAUACUUGUGCUGGAAACAAACAGCAUAACUGGCCCAGGACGGUGGGAUAUACCUGGAAAAAGCUCUUUCCCGUUGUCAUUCCCUGCUGGUGUUGCUGUGGUGGACCUCGAGCAGGGGGACCAGCAGCCGUGUCUCCGAGGCAGGUGACAGAAUUGGGGACAUGGUCUGGGUUACACCAGCAGCGUCACUGGGAGGGCAGGAGCAGCUGGUGCUCCUGAAGCAACUCUAUAAAUAUGCAUUGUAAAUGAAAAUGGAAGACUGGAGUUUAGUCUUGUUUUACUCCUAAAUGAGACUUGUGUUUUGUCUUGCCUUCCCGAACGGAUCCGCUCCUGAAGGUCUGUGUGCUUGCUGGAACGCGAUGAGUUGGUCACUGAUGGAGCAGUUUAGCAGCCAGCGCCUGGAUCAGAGACCCCAGGCAUCUCCCUGUGUCCCCUUGUUAUCGCUGGGUGGCUUUUUGCGGGUGUCACUGUGCUGUAUGUGGCUGUGAAGUGUCUGGCCAGCAAUGGCUGAGCUAAAGCCCCUGGUUUCCCAAAGCCACCCAAGGGUCGGGAAUGCACCUCCCCUGGUCAUCUGAUGGAAAUGGGGCUUCCAUGCGAAAGGAUGGGUGGAAAUGUUGACAUCCACGCGUGGAGGGACACCAAGAAUGUGAAAUACAGCACCAAAGGGUGGGGAGGUGCCUCCUUCCCCUGCAGCUGCUGUUCCCUGGGCUUGGGACCCACCAAGGAGGCUCGCGUAGAGCCCUGUGCUUCUGGAUUCCUCAGUUUGCACGUCUGUCCUGCUAGGGAUUUUUGGACUUUAAGCAUCUAUUUCUUGUUUAAAUCAUAUCACCUGGCUUGCCAUGUGCCCUCAUCGCAUGUCAGCCGGCUGCUCGCCUUCCUCUGGCUCCCACCGACGUCCAUCCCAGGUUCUCUGCUCCUUGCUGAAGCGGCAACUCCGGCACCUCUUCCCACAUCGUGGUUUUACUUAGAGCCUCCGUGUUUUGCAGCAGUGACUGUGUUGGUCCCUCUCAGCUGGGGGUUUGCUCGCGCUUUGGGAGCGGAGCCGGUGAGGGUGACGGCUGGAGCCUUGGGCACAGGGCAGAGGCUGCAGAGGCACCAGCUGUGCUGCUGGUCGAGCUCUCGCUUGCGCAAAAUUGGCUCGUUAUUUAACUGCAUGAAGCCGAUAUAUCUAGUCUGUAGCCUUCCUAGGUGUCUUUCUCCCAUAUAGAAUAUUCUAUUUAUUUAUUUAACUUCGCUAUGUUCACCCCCUUCUCCCCCAGCUUGGAUGUAGCAGGCAGGUGAUGUGUGCAGCCUGUUCCCGGGCCAGCGAAUCCCUCCUGGAGCCCAGAGAUGCUCCCAACACGAGGAGGUUCAAGCCUUGUUUCUGAGGCAGGGGGAGAGCUGGAACCUUGUUCUUCAGCUGUUUUUCCUGUCCUGCCGCAGGGGCUGACUCAGGACUUCCAGCACCAGUUUAGCUCAGCAGCUUUGUUGGAUUUAUAGAGCAAAUUAUACCUGGACCUUCUCAGGAGUGGCUGGAGCUCACAUAGAUGUGCUUAGCAAAUGCCAGUUUUCUUGUCGCUGGGUUAUAUCUUCUCCGUCGGCGCAGGCCAGCUGCGUGAGCGCAUGUUGCUAAAAGCGGCAGCAGCACGGAGGGAUGGAUGGGGAGCAGAAAUGUCAUCUCGGAUCACAGAUGUUUUCUUUGAAGGCGCUCGAAUUCGUCUUGAAUGUGUCCCUUGGUGAACGUGACGCGUGGAGAGGGGGAAGCAGGCGUCGUGUGGGUAUCUCACCAUCUUCCCGCGCAGCCCCCUGACCGAGCCAGGGUUUUUAAAUGCAGUUUUCAGAACUGGAUCCUUUGCGGUUGCAGUACGUGGGCUGGUUGGUGUUUCUGUUUAGCAGCUGUUGUCUUUACAUGGGGCGCGUUUCGCGAAUCGCCGUCAACCUUCCCCCGUCUCUUUCUUUGCAGCCCUCCUUUAUAAAUGAUCGUUUGUGGCAGCCAGUAAUAAAUGAAGUAAGAGUUAAGAGAAGCAGCCUCGUGCGGUGAUAGUAGUAAAAGAAUAAAAAAUAGAACUGUUUCAUGCCA